AUGGCCCGCAGGCAGGCGCGGCCGGCGGGCGGCGGGCCGCGCUGGCUGCCCUGGCUGGGGCUCGCCCUGCUGCCGCUGGCCGUGCCCCCCGCCGCCGCCCCCGCCGCCUGCCCGUCCGCCUGCUACUGUGUGGCCACCCCGGAGCUGGUGCAGUGCCGCUACGAGAGGCUGGAGGAGCCGCCGAGGGAGCUGCCGGCCGCCGUCCAGAACCUCAGCAUCGCCGGCAGCAACCUGAGCGUCCUGUCCCGCGCCGCCUUCGCCGCCCGCCCGCUGCGCGACCUCCGCCUGCUCCGCCUGCGCCACGACAACAUCCACACCAUCGAGGACAUGGCCCUGCAGGGCCUGCCCGCUCUGCGCACCCUCGACCUGAGCCACAACCCACUGCUUUCGGUGGCCGCCGGCGCCUUCGCCGGGGCGCCGCUGCUGCGCACGCUGCAGCUGAACCAGGCGCUGCUGGCGGCCCCGCUCGAGGAGCAGCUCGCCCUGGCCCUGCGCAACCUCAGCCUGCGGCGCCUGGAGCUGGCGGGCAACGCGCUGCAGGCGCUGCCGGCCGCCCUGCUGCCGCCCGGCCUGGAGGAGCUGGACCUGCGCAACAACUCGCUGCGGGGGCUGGCGGCCGCCGAGCUGCGCAGCCUGGACGCGCCCGAGCUGCGGGGGCUGCGCCUCAGCCUCGCCUCCAACCCGCUGAGCUGCGACUGCGGCCUGCGGCCCUUCCUGGGCUGGCUGCGCGCCGCCGCCGCCCGCGUGCUCGACGCGCGGAGCCUGCGCUGCGCGGGGCCGCCGGCGCUGCGCGGCACGGCGCUGCUCCGCCUGCGGCCCGAGGCGCUGGCCUGCGCCCGCGGCGACGGCGGCGAGCCCGCCGAGCUGGAGACCGCCUCCUACGUCUUCUUCGGCAUCGUCCUGGCGCUCAUCGGCGUCGUCUUCCUCAUGGUGCUCUACCUGAACCGCCGCGGCAUCAAGCGCUGGCUGCACAACCUGCGCGAGGCCUGCCGCGACCAGAUGGAGGGCUACCACUACCGCUACGAGCAGGACGCCGACCCGCGCUGCGCCGGCACGCCCGGCCUCUGA